ACCCAUUUAAACUUUCAAGAAAGGAGAGGACACUGACAGAAAAUGGGCGUAUGGUUAGAAGAACUGGAUGGACUUUCACACCAUGGUACAGAUGUAAUUAAACAGGGUCUCUCUCUCUCUCUCUCUCUCUCUCUCUCUCUCUCUCUCUCUCUCUCUCUCUCUCUCUCUCUCUCUCUCUCUCUCUCUCUCUCUCUCUCUCUCUCUCUCUCUCUCUCUCUCUCUCUCUCUCUCUCUCUCUCUCUCUCUCUCUCUCUCUCUCUCGGACCCUGUAGCACCUGCUGAUCCCUCCGAGCCUUGACGUCAGCGCGGUAAACGAGCUCUCCGGUGCGCGGCGGCAGCGGUGCCCAGAGGCGCAGCGUCCGUCCAGCGCACAACGCAGGCGGCUGCGGCGGCGGCAGCAACAACAGCAGGAGCAGCAGUAGCAGCAUCCCGCAGACAGACCGUCUCACACCGGGACACACCGACACCCCUACAGGUUCUGAACCCUCCGCCAUGUCCUCUGCUGUUACCGAGACCGAGGAGUCUGCGCGCAGCUCCCCGCUGACGCCGCUCAAGCUGGUCGGGCUGGUGUGCGUCUUCCUGGCGCUCUGCUUGGAUGUCGGAGCCGUGAUGAGCCCGGCGUGGGUGACUGCUGACGACCAGUACUACCUUUCCCUGUGGGAGUCCUGCUGGAAACCAGUGAGCACCGAGGACUGGCAGUGCAGCAGCUCGCUGAGCUUCGACUGGCAAGUUGCUACCCUGGCCCUGUUGCUAGGGGGCGGAGCUCUGGUGCUGAUGUCAUUCCUGGUCGCUCUGGUUGCUGUAUGCAUCGGCACGAGACGGCAGUUCUACACACCCGUGGCCAUCAUGCUCUUUGCUGCAGUUGUCCUGCAGGCCUGCAGCUUGGUCCUCUACCCAAUCAAGUUCAUCGAGAGCAACAACCUGAGGAUCUACCAUGAGUUCAACUGGGGCUACGGCCUGGCUUGGGGGGGCACCAUCUUUUCCUUUGGAGGGGGAAUCCUCUACUGCCUCAAUCCCAAGAACUACGAGGAGUUCUACUAGCUCCGAUUCAAACCGGGAACCCUCUGGCCACCUGUAAGUCGAGGUGAAGAGGGGGUGAAGAGGGGGCUUUGGAUUGGGGGAACGGGGAGGGGGUUUUUCAUUGCCAGCUCAAUUCCCAAGAACUGUAAGGAAUACUGUACAUCAGAUUUGAGCCAAUAACUGUAUGACCACAUGCUUUGAGGAAUAAAACAAGUGGUCCAGAGGUUCCUUCCCUCAGUCAACAGACAUGUGAUUGCUGAGGCUAGGAGGUGUUUUGCACAGACUGUACUAUGUAGGGAGGGAUUGAGGGGUUGGGUAGGGUUUAUUCCCAGGACAGAGGACUGGCAACCCUGCAGUAACACAGGAUGGAGGUUCACGGCGAUGCCAACACCUCCAUUCCUAACUGCAAGAACUGCUGUUAUUGUGUUGUAGCAACCCAACCUAUCAACUCUGUUCCUUGGAAAACAGGAUCUCAGACUGGGAUGCUCUGGCUGUACGUUUACGCACACAUGUAACGACAAGUGUAUCUCUACAUGUUGACAUCAAAUCCUCGGGCUGGGUUUUUGCUCCCCAAUCAGCGUCUCGAGUGCAUCGCCAUCAGCGCUUAGCUAGGAGCUGUGUCGUUUGUUUUUCAGAGUUUCUUUAGAGCUCUUAAACUUUGACGAGGACGUGGAAGGGGAUCUGACGCUUUCAGUUACGCCUCAUAACUUUUCAUAAGUUUGAUAGAUUCCUCUCGAGGGGAAGGUAAGACGGGAUGGAAUAAAAUAAAGACACCCACUCAAUAUUCUGUUAUCGACCCACUUGUCUGUUACCGCGGCAACCCACAGGGUCUGGGCAUGCAGCUGUCAUGAUUGAUUAACUGUGGUCGGAGGUGUGAGACGGGACGGCGCUCAGCUGCCUCCAAGGGUCUGCUAAAUUUCGAUUGAGCUGAGGUUCUCCGCACCGUGACAAUCGGAGCAUCCUUCCAGCUCCUCUGCAUCCUGUUUGGGUGGAUAGGAAUGAAUCACAAGCAGUUACAGGCUAUUGUUAGUCAUGUUUACAUGCACACAUCUAUUGUAUAACUGUAAAAAAAAACCAACAUUUUACACUCUCAGAAAUCAAACAUGUUAAUAAAGAAGUACUUGUUGAUAGGAUUGCUGUCAAGGUAGCUUCUGAAAUAGGCAUCGGUGCAUUACUGCGCGCAUGUAAUCAGAUUAUUCAUCAACCGGAUCCAAUGAUAAGUUCAGACAAACUGCUGUCUCUUUGUUUACAGUAGAUGUCAGGGAUCAACGCUACGCCCAGAGUGUGUCGCUUUACAUGGAAAACAAGCAAAUGUCAGUAGCAGCCAGUAUCAAAUGUCACAACUAAUGGAUGCCAGAACAGAUGGAGACAAAAGUCAGGAUGGUGUCUUCCAUCAAAACAUCCCCACCUUUACAAAAAAGGAUGUGAUCAUCAUUACUUUCAUGUCCCAGCAGGCUGAUUUUAGUUUAAGUAGCAUUUAUCUGUUCUGCUGUUGGAUGGUUGCCACAGAUCCAAUGCAAUUUCUGGGUGGAAAGAGCAUUGGAGAAGCAAAUAUUGAUUUGAAGGUCUCGAUCGGGUAAUAAAGCAAAACUUUUGCUUUCAUUGUGCGAUAACCUAUUUAUGGUUUCUUUCUCCCUGUGUGCUGAAUUAAUUGGCUAACCCUGUGACCUCCUUUCUCCACUCUAUAAGCCGUACAGGGAUCAAGAACUCUUUCGCUGACAUUAAUGAAAUGCAAGUGGCCUCUUGUGUUUUCUGCUACAUAUUUACUGCAAAGUUGUCAAGAAACCGUCACCCUAAAAUACACCGUUUAUUCUAUAUCAACUGGCAUGAUGACAAGAAUAAUUGCUUCUAUUUUCGUUGAGGAAAAAUGGUUGUUUUUUGUUUUUUUUUGUCACUGCUGCCUGUCAGUACUGCAGCGUUGCUUCUGGAAUCGGCUCGUGCAAGGAUAUUUACGACUCCGAGUUGAUCCCACUGGGAGACCGAUGGGCAACACUUUACAUCAUAACUCAUAUAUUUCAUUGUAUUCAUAGGGAAUGUACACAGUAUUAAUAAAACACUUACAGAUAUAAACAAGGUCAUGGGAAACUGAGACGUCAACUUUGUAUUUAAGAGUCACUUUAACAUUCAAUGUAAUUGUUUACAGUAGAUGUUCAGGGUGCAGUGAUAGUACUAGGUCAUUUAUUUUACCUAAAAACUAAAUAACUGUUGGAAAUACUGACUAUCAUAAAGGAAUUGUUGGAUAUUUUGGGAAAUAUGCUUAUUUGCUUUCUUGCCAAGAGUGAGAUGAAAAGAAUAUCACUCUUAGCGACUAAAAACAGCUAACUGACGCAAAAUAUACACUACUCUUCAAAAGUUUGGGGUCAACCAGGCAAUUUCGUGUUUGUGUGAAAACUCACAUUUUUUUCAAGUGCUAACAUAACUGCACAAGGGUUUUCUAAUUAUCAGUGAGCCUUUCAACAGCAUUAGCUAACACAAUGUAGCAUUAGAACACAGGAGUGAUGGUUGCUGGAAAUGUUCCUCUGUACCCCUAUGGAGAUAUUCCAUUAAACAUUUCCAGCUAGAAUAGUCAUUUACCACAUUAGCAAUGCCUAGACUGGAUUUCUGAUUCAUUUGAUGUGUUUUUUUUUUGGGAUGGGCCGAUAUUACUGGCAUAAAAAUGUAAUAUCGGUCAAUAUCUUUAUCGUUUUUUUUGCCUCUCAUGAAAUAAUAACGAUAAAAUAACGCCUGGAUUUCGCCAGCAUUUACCAGGCACAAAUGACAUUGUUAAAGUUCAGGCUUACAGAGCGAGGGAGGGAGAGUGAACUGUUGUUUGAGACAAUUAAAGAAACCUAUAUGGCAUUUUUUUCCCCCCAUAACUGAAGUUGAAGUACUUUUCUUAUUUUGCACAAACAGUGUUUACAUUUGGAAAGUCUUGUUGCAUUUGAGAAUACAUCCAGUGGGGCAUCACAAUAAAAUUAGGCAUGAUGUGUUAAUUUCCCAGCAGGACAUAAGUAAUGUUACCUAAAAUUAGUUAAAUAGCCCACAUAUAUUAGUAUCGGUUGAGAUCGGAAUCAGAAAUUGAGAGUUGGACGAUAUCGGCAUAUCAGUUAUUGGCAAAAAAUUCGAUAUCAGACAUCCCUAGUUAUUUUCAUUGAGAAAAAAAAAAUAUUUUCUUUCAAAAAUAAGGACAUUUCUAAGUGACCCCAAACUUUUGAAUGGUAGUGUAUGUGUGCCACUAAAUCUGAAGGUCACCAAGGCUAACUGUUUCCCGUCAUAUUACCCAUGCCAUAUGGGUAACUUGGCUAACAGUACCCAUAUCUGACUGGUAACUCAUGGCCAUAAAGAGGUAGUUAGUGGCCAGUAUGGAUUGAAACCACAUACAACACACUUCACAAGGCUACUGAGGCCACCAUAACCCUCAUGGUGUAAAUUCACAGUGUAUAUUCCCAUCUGUGAUAUCGAUCUGAUGGGCGUUGAAGGUAGGGCGCACAUAAAAUCCUAAACUUCAUAGCCUCUUUGUGAUCUUUUUUUAAUUUACUACCUAGUUUCAACAGAAACCGUGCUGGUGUCUGAUUAGUCGUCCCAGCUUUAGAGGUCAGCGGGUGCUUUUCAGGAUGCGUUCUUGACAGUUUGAAGGAUGUCACGGCUUCACUGUGCUCAGUCGGGUAAUGGAUGAAGAACUCUGUGACUGUGAAGCUUCAUCACCACCAGUAUGAUAUUUGGUAUGCCCACUGCUGUAUUUACUAUUGUAUGAUCACUGCUUAAUAAGGGUGUUUCUGCUACCUAGAAAAAUGUCUCUGUGCUUUGGUGGAGUAGAGGAGUCUUAUGCACUAACACUGCAACAGACCCGGGUUAAAACACACAGGAAUAGCUUAAUGGAAGCAUUAAAGUCAAAAAAAUGUGUUACAAAGCGACUGUGCAGAUUUCAACUAUUCGGUGCCAGUGCUGGUCUCUCUAAACGAGCCUGCCAGAUAGCUUCAGAUCAAAGGCUUUGUUUCGUCAGGUAGAAUCACACACAUCCUUAAUCUGGGAUUCAAAGUGAUGAUACUACAUUUUGAAACUGCAGAAAAGAACGCAUGCUGAUUUCUAACAAUGCUUUUCAAGUCGUUUGGAUUCCCUCACAUUGUAAUUAUGAGCCCCUGAUUCUAAACGACGGUGCAAAUGUGUUCGCAGCAGUUUCAAAAAUGACCUACAUGCUUUGAUUUUUAAUGAAGUCCAUCAGUACAGUUCUGGAUAAAUAGGACUCUCGGUGUAAUCUCAUACGGGGAACUACUCAUGCUUGGUGACAGCGACAACAAAAGCAAAACAAAACCCAGCGCUUCAGUAAAAUAUUCCUCCUAAUUAAAGUAUUUGGGUUUCUGACCUGUGUUGGUACCUUGUGUGUUUUAGCCCAGGUCUGACUCGUAGCUAUUAGCAUUUGUUUAUUUAUUAAUUUAAUGAUGAAACGUAGAGGCUCGUAAACAGAGACAGCUCUGUUUUAUGCAUCAUCUCCCAGUAGGCUGGAGAGAAACGCUGUCUAAUGAUGUGCAUAGGGAUUUAGGAUGUGUGUGUGUGUGUGGAUGACAGUAGAAGAGUGAAAAAGUGUGUCUGACAGAGAGAAAGAGUGUGUGUGUGUGUGUUGGCAUGUUUUAGAUGCCAUUGUAGAGAUGUCAGUAAUCAGCAUUUAUCUCUUUGUACGUUGACACAUUAAAGCACUGAACAGAA